AUUAAACAAAAUGGUCAAGGUCCUCGUUCUUUUCUACUCUACUUAUGGUCACAUCUGGCAAAUGGCUGAGGCUAUUGCUGAAGGUGCUAGACAAGUUGAAGGUGCUGAAGUUGUUGUCAAGAGAGUCCCAGAAACUCUCCCAACUGAAGUCUUGGAAAAGAUGUACGCUGUUGAUGCUCAAAAGGCCUUUGCUCACAUUCCAGUUGCUACUACUGAAGAGCUCCCAUCCUAUGACGCUAUCAUCCUCGGUUCACCAACUAGAUUCGGUACUAUGGCUGGUCAAUUGAAAUCCUUCUUGGAUGCUACUGGUGGUCUCUGGGCUACUGGUGCUUUGGUUGGUAAGGUUGGUUCCUUCUUUACUUCUAGUGCUACACAACACGGAGGAAAUGAAACAACCAUUAUUUCAUCUAUCCCAGUCUUCCUUCACCACGGAAUGGUCUAUGCUGGUUUGCCUUACUCUUGUGCCACUCAAAUGGGUUUGGACGAAAUUAAGGGAGGUUCACCAUACGGUGCUACUACCAUUGCUGGUGGAAAGGGUGAAAGAUUACCAUCUGACCAAGAAAAGGAAAUGGCUAGAUUCCAAGGAAAGCACGUUGCUACUCUUGCUAAGAAGUUGUCCCAAUAAUUUAUCAAUUUUAAUUUAUUAAAGAUUUAAUUUUUAAUCUC